AUGGAAGAUGCUGUUGAACUUCCUGUUGCGAAAAGGCAACGGAGGGACGACCUAGUCACGACCAGCAACAAAAAGCCUCCCACGAGUUCCCGACUUUUCGCUCCCUUCAGGACCCUCGGGCUCGUCUCUCCCACGAGAGUCCCGUUCACAUCGGUUCCUCUAGGGAAAACUACAUUUCAGAUCACCACCUCGGUCGGAAAUAGUCUGCACACCUACGAUCUGCGACGAGGCCUCAACCUUGUCUUUCUCAGCCGUCCACAAUGUCCGAAACCAAUCACUGCGACAUGCGCUCACCGUGAUCGAGUUUUUGCAGCCUGGGGCGGAACCCAGCCCCACGAACCCCGGGGAUUGUGGGUGUUCAAACGCGGACAUUUGAUCGCAGAGCUAGGCCUCCAUGACACACACCCUCAAGAGAUUGUGCAAAUAGUGAUAUUUGGACCGUGGGUGGUGGGCUGUGGAGCCGAAGCAAUUGAAGUCUGGAAGAGUGAUUCCUACGCGCAUUACACGACGGUUCAGCCAUCCUCGACAUCCAUCGAUAGUCGAGUGGGUGGAAUUUUCUCCGGGCCAGUCUGCACAUUACCGACAUUGCUGAAUAAAAUCUGCGUUGGGAGAAGAGACGGACUGGUCGAAAUCUACAAUGUCAGCACUGGUCGGUUGGUACACACCAUCCUUGCUCCUUCUGCCGGCUCUGGCUCAGUGACGGCGCUCGCGCCCGCUCCCGCCGUCUGCCUGUUGGCGGUUGCAUACGCCGACGGCUCCUUGGUCAUUACGGACGUGGAAGCCGAUGAGAUUGUUCUCGAGCUGCAUCAAAAGAACACCAAAAAGCCAAUCACAUCAAUCAGUUUCCGCUCCGAUGGCAUGGGUGCUGGCGAGGACGGGCGCAAGGACGGUGUCAUGGCAACUUCCAGCACCGAGAGUGGCGACAUCACGCUCUGGGACCUGAACCGUGGCGGUAAAGUGGUCGGCGUGGUGCGAGGCGCUCACGAAACAUCCAAUCUUGGACAAGGAACCGGCGUGAACAAGGUCGAGUUCCUACCUGGCCAGGCUGUGCUGAUAUCUUCUGGCCUGGACAAUGCUCUUCGGUCGUGGGUAUUCGAUCAGAACCCGUUCUCUCCCAUCCCACGGCCGCUGCACGAAAGAAGUGGACAUGCGGCGUCAGUGACGAAGCUCAAAUUCCUCCCAGCCGCUUCCGAUGGCUCGGACGCAACCGGCAAAUGGCUUUUGUCAGCGGCCCAAGACCGAAGUUUGUGGGGGCUGAGUCUGCGCAAGGAUGGCCAAAGUACAGAAUUGAGUCAAGGCGCCGUGAAGCACAAAGCUCGGAAGGCCGGACUACUCAGCGACGACGCGUCCGGGGUGGAGGACUUCAAAGCUCCGCCCAUCAUAGACAUGGCUUGUUCACUGAACCGAGACGGCGGAAUGGGCACUGUCAAUGGCCCCGUGUGGACGAAUACCAAGACGGCCAACGCCGAAGAAGUCAGUAUGACGGGCUGGGAAAGCAUAGUCACCGCCCAUGCCGACGACAAGUUCGCGCGGACCUGGUCCUGGGGCCGGAAAAAGGCAGGCAGAUGGGCGUUCGAGACCGGCGACCACACCCCCGUGACGAGUGUGGCCAUCACCGCUUGCGGCACCUUUGCAAUUGUCGGGUCGGCAGGCGGCAGUCUCGACAUGUUCAAUCUGCAGUCCGGCGCGCAUCGUCAACGCUACCCGCCUCGCCUCAAGCCCGGCCAGGCCAAGGAGUUGAAAAUCCAACAGAUGCAAACAGACCGGGCGACGACGCCGUCUGUACGUGGUCAUCGAGAUGCCAUCACGGGAGUGAUUGUCGACAACCUCAACCGCACCAUGGUCUCGACCAGUCUCGACGGAGCGAUCAUCUACUGGGACUUUUCCAGCGGCAAGAUUCUAGAGAAAGUCGUGAUGACUGGUGCGACGCCGACAGCGAUGCGCUACAACCCCGUCUCAGGCCUGCUGGCACUGUCUUGCGACGACCUGUGUAUCCGCAUCGUCGACAUUGAAACUCGCAAGACGGUGCGCGAGCUGUGGGGCUGCGUCGGGCAGAUCUACGACUUCUGCUUCUCCCACGACGGCCGCUGGGUCGUGACAUGCUCGAUGGACUCUGUCGUCCGCGUCUUCGACCUGGCCACAGGCCAUCUCGUUGACGCAUUCAAGACCGCCACGUGCACCGGCGUCGCCUUUUCCAGCACCGGCGAAUUCCUGGCCACCGCACACGCCGGAGCGCGCGGGAUCAACAUCUGGACCAACAAGGCUCUGUUCGCGCAUAUCCCCACGAGACAGAUCGACGAUGUGAACGGCGUUAUUGACUUGAGCGAGACCGCGGAAUUCCAAGCGGCGAGCCAGUUGGCCAUCGAGGCCGACCCCGAAGACGAUGUCCCAAUAGAGACCCUGGACGCCUCGUCCGAAAUAGACCAACUAGACCAAAGCCUCCUCACGCUCUCCCUGGUCCCUGCUUCGAGAUGGCAGACACUGCUCAACCUCGACAGUAUCCGCCAACGCAACAAACCCAUCCAACCUCCCGAGAAGCCCAAGGCUGCCCCUUUCUUCCUCGGGUCCAGUCUCACAAAUGGCGUCACAAGCGGCGGCGACGACUCCUCUCAACAAGCAGCAUGGGCCCAUGAGAAGGAGAACCCGGUCGACGAAAGUGAGCGGUCACGCAUCUCGCGAUUGGCAUUAACCGCGCAAGGACAAGGACCCGGACAUUAUUCUCAAGUCACCAAAAUCCUCGAGGACUUCGCAUCAGACCCUCGCCACGACCCGUCACUCCUGUCAGACCAUCUGGCGGCGCUGCCUCCUUCUGCUGCGGAUCUCGAGAUCCGCUCUCUCACAUUGCAUGAAAUGCCUAUCUUUGUGCGCGCCUUGACCCGCCAACUCGCGCUGAGAAAGUCCUUCGAGCUGGUCAACACUUGGAUGAGUGUUUUCCUGAAACUGCACGGCGACUUCAUAGGUGAAGUCCAGGAACUCAACGACGCCGUGCUCGAUUGGCGCGCCGUGCUGGAUAAGGAAGAAAGGCGCUUGAGCCAGUUGGUUGGCUAUACGCGCGGAGUGGUGGAUUUUCUGCGAAGUGCGAGAUAA